UUUUAUUUUUAUUCUUCCUACAUGUCGCGCAGCGUACAUCCCCAUCGUCAUAAUUAUAUUCGCUACCCUCUCGUUACCUUUUCGCAAAUAUCUGUGGUACGAAACUGUAAUCUUGUUGCAGUUUAUGCCAGCGAACACCCGUCUCGACGAACUUGCCUCCUGUGCACCCUUCGCGAUUCUUCCCCAUCAGCAAGAAAACUUUUCCAUCUCAUACCGCGUCCGGGCAGCCUAAUGGAAGGAAAACAUGCAGGGGACGCCUUGCGAUUCCUCGUACUUUUAAAGAAAUCAACUCUGUCAAAUUUCACGCACUUCAAGCUAUGGAAACAUACUCGUACGGUCAAUGUUCGGUAUCACGUUCUAUUCUGACUCAAUUAAAUAUUAGCUUUGAUUACGAAGAAGAAUCAACAGACGAUAUUUACUUCUCCCGUUCUCACUUAAUCGCAUUGUUGAUGAACAGUCCGAUUUUCUUUGACAGAAAAUGCCCCAUAGCACACUAAAUCUUGAAUCGUGAUUUCUGUGUUGGAAGCGCGUUUUUUCCUUUCACAAUGAGCAAUACGCCAUAAUUUCGAGACAAGUUUUCACUUCUUUUUCUACUUCACCAGUCUUCGAGAAUACGCACCCCCGCAGCAAAACUUUUCAUCCAAAAGUUUACGCUCAAACGUGGUUGAAAGAGGGUGGAACAUGAAGCCAGCCGUUCGUGGAAAUCUCUUCAAAGAGAGCCUUACCUUACAUGUUGCAUUUUUAAAAUGGACAUACAAUGACAUCGCGGGAGGAAGUUGGGUGACAGGUGAGGGAAGUACGCGCUUACUUCGCGGACUGGAAAAAUCGCUUUAGGUGAGUCAUAGAGCAAUUACAGUUUUAGCAGUGCAGUUGCGCGUAGUUGCAUUUUCGUUUGCGCGCUGUACUUUCAGUAAUAUUUAAUAACGAGGGGCGAUUCGAAUGGUCAAUGACACGAGCAUGAGUUCGACUGUCGACCCUGCGAAGAAAGACAGAAAUAGAGGGAGAAAGAAAAAAAAGAGAUUUUAGUCUGAUUGGAAUCACUCGAUCGUCUCGUACGACUCCGCAUUUUCGACGCGUUUUCGAAGAAAGAGGGAUGCGGACGAGCACGUUUAGUCAAAUAGUGAAAAUCGGCCUUCACUUUUUUGGCGUCUGGCCGUAUUUGCCGUCAACGGUGCUCUUCCGAUCGUACUGUAUCAUGGCGUUGAGUACAGCUCAGGUUUUUCAGUAUGGCUAUGUGGUCGUGAAUAGUGACACAGACAACUUCUCCGAGUUCAUGGACGGCGUGAGCAGCGCGAUGGCCUCUUCGUUACUUUUCAUCAAACUCAUUAUCCUGUGGAUCAAUCAACGAAAGUUCAGCGAAAUAUUGCAAAUAAUGACGAUGAACUGGCAGGAUCACUCGUCGAACCACCACAGCCUGAGCAUUAUGACGAAAACGACAUUUCUUGCGCGUCGCAUUUCGAGGAUAAUUAUCCUCAUGCAAUUUUUCUCAGUAUUCUUCUACAGUCUCGGAGUUCUCGCCGCUAACGCAGGCGAUCCUGAGAAAUGGGAGCCGUAUAAUCGGGAGCUUAUCCUGAAGAUGAAACUACCGUUCGAAAUUAGCACGUAUCGCAUCUACGUGACAAUCACGGUAGUCCAGUUCGUCCAUUUGAUGUUCGUCGGCUGGGGCAUUACCGUUGUCAAUACGCUUCUCGUCACUCUGGUGAGAUCAAGUUGCGUGAGAACCGACGUUUCCGAUCGAAUUUGCACGAACCGUGAAGGUUUCGAUUUUUUCGUAAUGUCGUUAUGUGACCAUGAGAUACAAAGUGUUUCUCCAAAGCACACACGAGUUCCUCUGAAAGUCGAUUCAUUAAGACAGAUCCUCCACAUCGGUGGUCAGAUCGAUAUUCUUCGGGACUGGUUGACGAGAGCAUUCUCCAGAAACGAGUCAGAACCGUCCGAUAAGAUCACGUCACGACUGUUGAUCACGAAACACCAGCAGAUCAUUUUAUUGUCGGAGAACAUCGAGAACCUCUACACGUACAUCGCAUUCAUGAUAUUAUUUUCCGACACCCUGAUCAUCUGCUGUUUAGGGUUCGUCAUCGCCACCUCGGUCGGUGAACCCAACGCCGCGGCUAUCUUAGUCAAGUCCUUCAUGUUCUACGUCACGAUGAACCUGGACGUGUUCAUAUAUUGCUACGCCGGCGAAUAUCUGAGCGCCAAGAGCAAAAUGAUCGGAGAGGCAGCAUAUGAUUCCCUUUGGUACGACGUUGCGGCGAAAGACAGUCAGAUCGUAUUAUUCAUCAUUUUGAGAUCGCAAAAAAGACUGACCAUCACCUGCGGGAAAAUUAUGGACCUUUCUUUGGAGCGUUUCACUAGCGUCGUAAAGGCAUCGGCGUCAUAUAUGUCGGUGCUCUUGGCGAUGUAUUGAAGGUAGGCAAAGUGUUUAUACUGGCUAUUACAAUAGAAUUACACGAGUCGUAGAGCAUUAGUGAUAUUCACAGUAGUAUGAAAAUAAAUGCAUCUUUUCUCUAAAUAACA